AUGUGGAGGUACUGUUGGUGCAAUUCUGACAUGUCCACUGGAAGUUGUGAAAACACGAUUGCAGUCGUCCUCUGUGACUCUCUAUAUCUCUGAAGUCCAUCUCAGCACUGUGAAUGGUGCUAGUGUCAAUAGAGUAACUAGAGUUUCUCCUGGACCUCUCCAUUGUUUGAAGAUGAUCUUGCAAAAGGAAGGUCCUCGUUCUCUGUUUAGAGGGCUGGGUCCUAAUUUAGUAGGUGUUGCUCCUUCCAGGGCAAUAUAUUUUGCUGCUUACUCAAACUGCAAGGAAAAGUUGAACAAUAUUUUCAAUCCAGAUUCUACCCAGGUACAUGUGGUUUCAGCUGGUGUGGCAGGUUUUACUGCGAUCACAACAACUAAUCCCAUUUGGCUAGUAAAGACACGGUUACAGCUUGAUGCAAGGAAUCGUGGAGAAAAGCGAAUGAGUGCUUUUGAAUGUGUCCGAAAAGUUUAUCAAUCAGAUGGUAUUAAAGGCUUUUACAGAGGAAUGUCAGCAUCCUAUGCAGGCAUAUCUGAGACUGUUAUUCACUUUGUUAUUUAUGAGAGUAUUAAGAGAAAACUGCUGGAGUAUAAGACUGCUUCUGCUAUGGACAAUGAGGAUGAAUCGGCAAAAGAAGCUUCAGACUUUGUUGGAAUGAUGAUGGCUGCUGCUACUUCCAAAACUUGUGCAACAUCAAUAGCAUAUCCCCAUGAGGUUGUACGAACAAGACUAAGAGAAGAGGGAACAAAGUACAGAUCUUUCUUCCAGACACUAUCUUUGCUUGUGCGAGAAGAAGGGUAUGGAUCCCUCUACCGAGGUUUAACUACACAUCUGAUCAGACAGAUUCCUAACACGGCUAUCAUGAUGUCAACCUACGAAGUGGUAGUCUACUUACUCGAUGGAUAGCAGCGUGACGGCUUCCUAGAAGAAGGUGGAAGACUGGAGCGGACCACUGAAUGUCAAUGCCAAUGUGGUGGGCAGAAGGAAGGUUAUAUCAGGAGUGUGCAGCUAUGGACAAAACAGAAGGUUGAUUGUGGGCAACUAUGAAUAAUUUUGCUGCCUUAUUGUAUGGUCUCUUAACAAUGUGACAAAUGGGAAUGUCUUUAUACAUCUCUUAAUUCAAAACU